AAACUCCGAUCCUCAGUUGAAACUAGAUUUUUAAGCAGCAACUCGACAGACGACCAACUUAGAUAAAAGAGCCAGAUAGAAAAACAAUAGCAGCGCGAAAUCAACUAUCGCGAAGUUACAAGCAAACGAGAAGCCAAGAAGCCAACGAAGUGUAUUAGAAUAAAACUAAAAGAAAGAAGUAAAAUUUUAAGGGAUUUUUAUUGCAAAAAUUGCAAAUAAACAUCGUAAAAGUAAACACCAGCAGCAAUUAAACGUGUUACCGACUAUGAGGUCAAGCGGUCUGAGAAGUGUGUCGUGUUUGCUGGCGAUGCUGAUUUUGGCCAUCAUCCUCUGCCUCUGCGCCACAGAAAUUGCUGCUGCACCCUAUCAAGAGUUACCACCGCGAGCUGGUCACGUGCCAGUUUACAUACGCGAAGGUGAUCAGCCACUAAGUGAAAUUCAUCCUGGCUUAGCUGAGGCGUUCCAUGAAGUGGCCGCACUCACGCAGAAGGUUGAGGAUAAAAACUCCGAACCACCGAAGGAUGAUACCGUGAGUGACGCCAAGGAAGAGAAAGCAGCAGCUGUGACUGAGUCCGAACCAACCGAGAGCGACAUAGCGUCUUUUGAUGUGAUCAAAGGUAUUGAAAGUCAAAACGAAUCAGCCACGAAAAAUGAUGAGGCAAAAGACGAAGCAGAUCAAAGCAAAAAUGUUGAUUUGAAGGAAGUAUAAAUAUCAUAUGUGAACUUUUAAAGCAAUAUUUAUAUAAUAAUAAUAUUAUUUACUUUUUUAUACAAAUAAACAAUACAUAUAAUUA